GCAGAGUCUCCAGUGUCCAGCUGUGUGUCUCUGAAGAGUGACCAGUCAAUGUAUGAGCCUGUAAACUUCAGUAACGAACCUGGACCCUCAUACACAAAAGGUCAGGACCACAGACUGACAGCAGAGUCUCCAGGGUCCAGCUGUCUGUCUCUGAAGAGUGACAUGUCCAAAGAUAUUCCUCUAACCUUCAGCAAAGAACCUGGACCCUCACACACAGAAGGUCAGGACAACAGACUGAGAGCAGAGUCUCCAGGAUCCAGCUGUCUGUCUCUGAAGAGUGACCAGUCCAAGGGACUUCCUCUAGUCUUCACUAAUGAAUCUGGACCCUCACACACAGAGGAGAGGAAGAUGAGUCAUGUUUCUGAGGAAGAGCAGUCGUCCUGCUGUGCUUCGUGUCAGGACGUCCUGAAGGAUCCAGUCUCCACCAGCUGUGGACACUGGUUCUGCAGACAGUGCAUCACCUCAUACUGGGACCAGUCUGGUUCUUCAGGAGACUCCUCCUGUCCCCAGUGUGGACAAAGAUCCAGAACAGGAGCUGGAGCUCAGACAGCCGGUCAGAGCAGCACUGUACAAGCAGAUCGUGGUCUGCAGGAGGUUUUAGAUGAACAUCAGCUCAGUCUGAGGACGAGAUGUGAACAUGUGACUGAAGGAAGUGAUGAAACAGGAAGUAGAACCCUCCUCAACAGGAUCUACACUGAGCUCUACAUCACAGAGGGACAGAGUGAAGAGUUUAAUACUCAACAUGAGGUGAGGCAGCUUGAGACGGCUUCCAAGAAGAAGAUCCUCCACGACACUCCUAUCAAGGGCCACGACAUCUUUAAAGCCUCCACUGACCAGCAGAGCAGCAUCAGAGUGGUCCUGACCAACGGCGUCGCUGGCGUUGGAAAAACCUUCUCGGUGCAGAAGUUCACUCUGGACUGGGCAGAGGGUUUAGAAAACCAGGAUGUGGGUCUGCUGACUGUGCUUUCGUUCAGGGAGCUGAACCUGGUGAAGGACCAGCAGCACAGUCUCCUCACGCUGCUCUGUGUUUUCCAUCCAGCGUUACAGAAGCUCACGGCAGAGACGCUCGCUGUCUGUAAACCUUUGUUCAUCUUUGACGGCCUGGAUGAAAGCAGACUUUCUCUGGACUUCAACCACAGGGAGGUUGUGUCUGAUAACACACAGAGGUCAUCAGUCAACGUGCUGCUGACAAACCUCAUCCGGGGGAAUCUGCUUCCCUCGGCUCUCGUUUGGAUAACCUCCAGACCUGCGGCGGCCAAUCAGAUCCCUCCUGCAUGUGUCGACAGGGUCACAGAAGUACGAGGCUUCACUGACGCCCAAAAGGAGGAAUACUUCAGGAGGAGAUUCAGUGAUGAAGAGCUGUGCAGCAGAAUCAUCUCACACAUCAAGACGUCCAGGAGCCUCCACAUCAUGUGUCAAAUCCCAGUCUUCUGCUGGAUCAGUGCUACAGUUCUGGAGCACAUGUUGACCACAGACCAGAGAGGAGAGCUGCCCAAGACCCUGACUGACCUGUACUCACACUUCCUGCUGGUUCAGACAAAGAGGAAGAACAACAAGUACGCUGAGGGACAUGAGACGACUCCACAGCAGCUGACGGAGGCUGACAGGGACAUUCUCCUGAAGCUGGGAAGGCUGGCUCUUAAACAUCUGGAGAAAGAAAACGUCAUGUUCUACCAAGAAGACCUGGAGCAGUGUGGUCUUAAUAUCACAGAGGCCUCGAUGUACUCAGGAGUUUGUACUGAGAUCUUCAGAAGAGAGUGUGUAAUCUUCCAGAAAUCAGUCUAUUGCUUUGUUCAUUUGAGCGUUCAGGAGUUUCUGGCUGCAGUCUACAUGUUCCACUGUUACACCGAGAGGAACACAGAAGAACUCAACAACUUCUUGGGAACAUAUGGGAACACAGACAGUACCUUCUCCCUGGAUGACCUCCUCAAGAGAACCAUGGAGAAAUCCCUCACCAGUAAAAAUGGUCAUCUGGACCUGUUUGUUCGCUUCCUUCACGGCCUCAGUCUGGAGUCCAACCAGAGGGUCUUAGGAGGCCUGCUGGGUCGGACAGAGAACAAUCCAAAGAUCAUCCAGAGAAUCUUAGGAGGCCUGCUGGGUCGGAAAGAGAACAAUCCAAGAAUCAUCCAGAGAGUCAUCAAAAACCUGAAGGAGAUGCAGAGUGAUGACAUUUCUCCUGACAGAAGCAUCAACAUCUUCCACUGUCUGACUGAGCUGAACGACCACUCAGUUCAUCAGCAGAUGCAACAGUUCCUGACGUCAGAGAACAGAUCGAAGGAUAAACUCUCUGAGAUCCACUGCUCAGCUCUGGCCUACAUGCUGCAGAUGUCAGAGGAGGUUCUGGACGAGUUGGACCUUGAGAAGUUCAACACAUCAGACCAGGGUCGACAGAGACUGAUCCCAGCUGUGAGGAACUGCAGGAAGGCUCUACUUAUUAGUUGUCGACUCUCAGAGACUCACUGUAAAGUUGUGGCCUCAGCUCUGAAAUCAGACCCCUCACAUCUGAGAGAAUUGGAUCUGAGUGGAAACAAGCUGCAGGAUUCUGGAGUGAAGCUGCUGUGUUCUGGACUGGAGAGUCCAAACUGUCGACUGGAGACUCUGAGGUUGUAUCAGUGCAGUCUGUCAGAGAUCAGCUGUUCUUCUCUGGCUUCAGCUCUGAGGUCAAACCCCUCUCAUCUGAGAGAACUGAAUCUGAGUAACAACAACCUGCAGGACUCAGGAGUGAAGGAGCUGUGUGGUUUUCUACAGAGUCCAACCUGUCGACUGGAGACUCUGAGGUUGUGGGGCUGCAGUCUAUCGGAGAUCAGCUGUUUUUCUCUGGCUUCAGCUCUGAGGUCAAACCUCUCUCAUCUGAGAGAACUGGAUUUGAGUAACAAUGACCUGCAGGACUCAGGAGUGAAGGAGCUGUGUGGUUUUCUACAGAGUCCAACCUGUCGACUGGUGACUUUGAGGUUGAUUGGCUGCAGACUGACAGAGAUCAGCUGUUCUUCUCUGGCUUCAGCUCUGAGGUCAAACCCCUCUCAUCUCAGAGAACUGGAUCUGAGUAACAACUACCUGCAGGACUCAGGAGUAAAGGAGCUGCUUGAUCUAAAGCAGAGUUCAACCUGUCAACUGGAGACUCUGAGGUUGAAGAGCUGCAGACUGUCAGAUAUCAGCUGUUCUUCUCUUGCUUCAGCUCUGAGGUCAAACCCCUCUCAUCUGAGAAAACUGGAUCUGACUAACAACAAGCUGCAGGACUCAGGAGUGAAGGAGCUGUGUGGUUUUCUACAGAGUCCAACCUGUCGACUGGAGACUCUGAGACUUAUUGGUGGUCGACUCUCAGAGACUCACCUUGAAGCCGUGGCCUCAGCUCUGAAGUCAGACCCCUCACAUCUGAAAGAACUGGAUCUGAGUGGAAGCAGGCUGAAGGAUUCAGGAGUGAAGCUGCUGUGCUCUGGACUGGAGAGUCCAAACUGUCGACUGGAGACUCUGAGGUUGUGGGGCUGCAGUCUAUCGGAGAUCAGCUGUUCUUCUCUGGCUUCAGCUCUGAGGUCAAACCCCUGUCAUCUGAAAGAACUGGAUCUGAGUAACAACGACCUGCAGGACUCAGGAGUGAAGGAGCUGUGUGGUUUUCUACAGAGUCCAACCUGUCCCCACUCAGUCCUGCAUUCAGGAAGUCCGCCAUCACUCCGUCCUGGACAAGUCUUCAUCUCUGCGUUUCGUCGUCUGGAGGAUAAUGCACAGGAGCCCGCCAUACUUCCAAAGGGGCUGUAA